GUCAGUCUCAUCCAUACUCAUGCAUACGUUGGCGGAGUUAUACCUUUUUGAACAGAAUUUGUGGAUGUUUUAGGACUCAGUGGUCUUUGAGGAUGUGGCUGUGGACUUUACCCAGGAGGAGUGGGCUUUGCUGGAUCUUGCUCAAAGGAACCUCUACAAAGAUGUGAUGCUGGAAAACUUCCGGAACCUGGCCUCACUAGGGUACCCUCUAGAUACAUCCCAUGUGAUCUUCCAGUGGGAACAAGAGGAGGACCUGGAAACAGUGGAGAGAAGACUUACUCAGGGCAUCUGUAUGGGGGAGCACCAGGAAGGUUUUGAGAUUCAACUCAAAACUAAUGAAUCAGUUGCUCUGCAAGACGUUUAUGGAGAAAGUAUAUCCAAUGAACAGAAAAUAGUAAGAUUCAAAAGGAAUGAUUCCUGGUCCUCUAUUUUAUGGGAAAACUGGGAAUACCGUAGUGUUGAACAUCAGAACAAAAUCGAUGAGAGACAUUUGAGAAGUCAUAUGCUGGAGAAUGUGUAUGAAUGUAAUGAAGAAAAUCAACGUGGACAAACCUUUAGCCAAAUUUCAAAGGUUAAUAUCCUUGAGAGAACUACUGAAGUAAAAUCCUAUGAAUGCCAUGACUGUGGAAAGGCCUUCAUGGAUCAUUCAUCCCUUAAGAAUCACAUCAAGUCUCAUACUGGAAGCAAACCCUAUCAGUGUAAAGAAUGUGGGAAGGCCUUUUAUUUUCUUGCUUGUUUUAAGAAGCAUUUGAAGACUCCCACUGAAGAGAAACCCUAUGAAUGUAAGGAAUGUGCCAAAGCCUUCAGUUGUUCCUCAUUCUUUAGGGCACAUAUGAAGAUUCACAUUGGAAGGACAAACUAUGAAUGUAAAGAAUGUGGGAAAACUUUCAGUUGUUCUUCAUCUCUCACAGAGCACAAAAGAAUUCAUAGUGGAGAUAAGCCUUAUGAAUGUAAGGAAUGUGGGAAGGCCUUUAGUUGUUCCUCCUCACUGUCCAAACACAAAAGAAUUCAUAGUGGAGAUAAGCCUUAUGAAUGUAAGGAAUGUGGAAAAGCCUUUAGUUCUUCCUCUCACCUUAUAAUACACAUGAGAAUUCACACUGGAGAGAAGCCUUAUGAAUGUAAAGAGUGUGGGAAGGCCUUCAGUGAGUCCUCAAAACUCACUGUACAUGUGAGAACACAUACUGGAGAGAAACCCUAUAAAUGUAAGGAAUGUGGGAAAGCCUAUAAUUGCCCCUCCUCCUUAAGUAUCCAUAUGAGAAAACACACUGGAGAGAAACCCUAUGAAUGUCUGGAAUGUGGAAAAGCCUUCUAUCUUCCUACUUCCCUUAAUACACAUGUGAAAAAUCAAAGUAGAGAGAAACCCUAUGAAUGUAAAGAAUGUGGGAAGGCCUUUAGUUGUCCCUCAUCCUUCAGAGCACAUGUGAGAGAUCACACUGGAAAGAUACAAUAUGAAUGUAAGGAGUGUGGGAAGGCCUUUAGUCGUUCCUCAUCCCUUACUGAACACUUAAGAACUCAUAGUGGAGAGAAGCCCUAUGAAUGUAAGGAAUGUGGAAAAGCCUUUAUUAGUUCCUCCCACCUUACAGUACAUAUAAGAACUCACACUGGAGAGAAAACUUAUGAAUGUAAGAAAUGUGGGAAAGCCUGUUUUUAUCCCUCAGUCCUUAGGAUACACAUGAGAACGCACACGGGGGAAAAACCCUAUGAAUGUAAGGAAUGUGGGAAAGCAUUUCGUCAGUCUUCAUACCUUACUGUACAUGCAAGAAUGCACACUGGAGAGAAACCCUUUGAAUGUCUGGAAUGUGGAAAAGCCUUCAGUUGUCCCUCAUCCUUUCGAAGACAUGUGAGAUGCCACACUGGAGAGAAACCAUAUGAAUGUAAGGAAUGUGGGAAAGCCUUUGCUUGUCCUUCCCACUUUCGAAGACAUAUAAAAACUCACUCUAGAGAAAACAUAUAGAGGUAAGGAAUAUGAGAAUGUCUGCAAGUGUUCUUCAAAUCUUUGGCAACUUGUGCGUUCUUAUACUGUGGAGACACCCUAUGAAUGUAAGAAAGUAGGAAAUUGUAGCUCAUUUUUUGGGAAGACUUGAGGACACCUGAGAGAAGCCCUGUCUAUGUAAACCAUUUG